UUCAACUACAGUACCCACACGUCACUGUCAGUCCUACUCGAGAGCGUUGGUUAGCCAGGGAUAUCACACCACUGUCUCUCACUCUCUCCCUGUAUCAACGCAUUGACAUAGCUAGUAGAAGACAAUAAAACAUUUCAAGCCGAAGAUGGCAGAGCUUGGAGCGGGGAGCCUGCUGUUGGGGGAUCCUGCUUUUAAUUACCAAGAGGCCGAGCUAAAUGAACGAUUGAAGCGGCUCUACCCGGCCGUAAAUGAGGAUGAGACCCCCUUACCCCGAUCAUGGAGCCCCAAGGAUAAAUACAGCUACAUCGGGCUCUCACAGAACAAUCUGCGGGUGCAUUACAAAGGUCAUGGGAAGAAUCACAAGGAUGCCGCGUCUGUGCGUGCCACUCAUCCCAUACCAGCCGCUUGUGGGAUCUACUACUUUGAAGUGAAGAUUGUCAGCAAGGGCAGGGAUGGGUACAUGGGGAUUGGUCUGUCUGCCCAGGGGGUCAACAUGAACAGACUGCCUGGUUGGGACAAGCACUCGUAUGGUUACCACGGUGACGACGGACACUCCUUCUGCUCUUCAGGGACUGGCCAACCAUAUGGCCCAACCUUCACCACUGGAGAUGUGAUUGGCUGCUGUGUGAACCUAAUUAACAACACCUGUUUCUACACCAAGAAUGGCAUCAGUCUAGGUGUAGCUUUUACAGACCUCCCUCCAAACCUGUACCCCACAGUGGGCCUGCAGACUCCUGGAGAGAUUGUGGAUGCUAACUUUGGCCAGCAGCCCUUUGUGUUUGACAUUGAGGACUAUAUGAGUGAAUGGAGGGCUAAGAUCCAUGGCAUGAUCGCCCGCUUCCCCAUCGGCGAGAGACUGGGGGAGUGGCAGGCAGUGCUGCAGAAUAUGGUAUCCACCUACCUGGUGCAUCAUGGGUACUGUGCUACGGCCACAGCCUUCGCCAGGGCAACAGAGACCUUGAUCCAGGAGGAUCAGACCUCCAUAAAGAACCGGCAGAGAAUACAGAAGCUGGUAUUGGCAGGGCGUGUUGGAGAGGCCAUCGAAGCCACACAGCAGCUGUACCCUGGACUUCUAGAACACAACCCCAAUCUACUCUUCAUGUUGAAGUGUCGGCAGUUUGUGGAGAUGGUGAACGGUACAGACAGUGAGGUACGAUGCUUUAGUGUCCGCUCCCCCAAGUCCCAGGACAGCUACCCUGGCUCCCCCAGCCUGAGCCCCCGACAUGGAGCCACCAACCCCAAUCUGCACAGUGCAGGAGCAGACAGCCCCACAUGCAGUAACGGGGUCACCCCUCCCAACAAGAACAAGAGCCACAAGUAUCCAGGCGUCAGCUCUGCCUCCUCCUCCUCUUCUUCCUCCCCUUCCUCUGUCAAUUACUCUGAGUCCAACUCCACUGACUCCACCAAGUCCCAGCCUCACAGUGGCACCAGCAACCAGGAGGAGACCAGUGACAGUGAGAUGGAGAUUGAGGCUGAGCACUACACUAACGGGGUGGCAGAGAACCCCUCUGCUCGGAUCAUGAAUGGCACCUACAAGCACCAGGAAAUCCUGCAGGCUCAGGACAUCAGCCUGGGCAACGGAGUGGCAGAGGAUAGCUGUGCCUCCAGACAGCUGUGUGGAGGGAACCAAGCAGCCACAGAGAGGAUGAUCCAGUUUGGGCGUGAACUGCAGGGCCUCAACGAGCAGCUGUGCCGUGAAUACGGCAAGAACGUCACACACAAGAAGAUGCUGCAGGAUGCGUUCAGUUUAUUAGCAUAUUCGGAUCCCUGGAACUGCCCAGUGGGGCAACAGCUAGACCCAAUGCAGAGAGAGAAUAUCUGCUCUGCUCUUAACAGCGCCAUCUUGGAGUCUCAGAACUUGCCUAAGCAGCCCCCUCUGAUGCUUGCUCUGGGUCAGGCCACAGAGUGUGUCCAGCUCAUGGCCAGGGUCCGCUCAGGCUCCUGUUCCUUCGCCAGAGUAGACAACUUUUUGCACUAGCCCCAGUCCAGGUGAGUCUGCACGGACACCCACGCAUACUCCCCUCCCCUUAUAGCACCACAUCAAUGCACUGUUUUACCUAUAAGGAACUUUUUAGGAAUGUUUUUGACUACACAUGGCCCGUGCUGUUAGCGUCAAGUUGGAUUGUAGGGUUACUGUUUGGAGUACAGUAAUAGUGUUGGAUAGAUUACAAUACAGCAGUUCCAAAAAUGUUUAUUUCAUUCCUAAGGCAAUGUUCAGGACUGCUAAGAAGAGGUCUUUCCAAUGGGUUGCCAGAUGACUGAGGAAAGCAUGUGUUUGAAUUGGUGUGUCGCUUGCCAUUUGGCAGAAGCAGAUGGACAGGGGAAUGAGUAGAACAUGACAAGAAAGCUUAUUUUUAAUUUAGUAUUAUCAAAUACAAAAUGUGUGACUCUAUUUAAAGAAUUCAUUAUUAUUCUGUUUAUCUAGUCAUUUUCUAGGUUUUAUUUAGUCAGUUUGUUGUGCUCAUCUUGGAAGGAAAAAAAUCUAAUUCCGUUUUUGUUUUUGAGUGGAUUUCAAUUCCCUAAACAGUAUUUUAAAGAUGUUCAUCAUAUCAAAGAAAUUCACAUUGGCAUGCUUUGUUGUUACCAAGCAAGAUACUCUGGUUUCUUUCAUUCAGAACUCAGGUAUUCACAGCACAUUUGUCAUCUCAGUAUGGGAUAUUGUAGACAGAGGUAGGUUUACCCAGCUGUACAGUGGCGCCAAUUUAGGACCUGCAUUUUUUGGUUCAAAUUCUUACUAGUUAGUAUGACUUAACUCCAGAAGCUCAUUUAAUUUAAAGUUAAAGGUCUGAAUUGGCUUCUAACCUACUGGUCACCUCAGAGCCCCACACAGCAGCAUUCACCUCAGAUCACACAAUGAUGACACUGAUUCAUUUGUGAGUUUCAAUAUAAGUGUAGGAUAUUUCCAAUCAAGUGUCUCCACUAGUUUGAUUUGUAACCUACAGUAAAAAUACACAGACAUACAGUACUGUGGGGAAUUUGGAAAUCACUCUGGUUUUUGACUUGCUAAUUAUAUUGAAGAUAUGAAGUCUGACGUUGAAUAUAUAUAUAUAUAUAUAUAUAUAUAUUCAACGUCAGACUUCAUAUCUAUAUAUAUAUCUAUACACACAAUUUAAUGAUAUAUUCAAUAAAAAAGUUAAACUGAUUGCCAAAUACAAGGCUUUUAAUUUGACCUCCCCUGUUCUAAUAACCAAUGGUACUUGCCAUUGGCCACACUUAAUUCACACAGUCAUUCAGUCUUUUCAUACCAGUGCUUUGACAGCCAGGCCAUUAUCAUAUCAUCGCGAACAUGCUUAUUUUUCCGCUUUCUUGCGGUUCUAUUUUUCUCACAACUAAUGUGAAGCUGUUGCGUUAAUACAUAAACUCUAAACAUAGACUCGGUCACUUUUACAAACAUGUGACCAUAACUUUGUUUGUUUGUUUUUGUUUGUUUAUUAUAGUCACAGUUGAAUAUGUUAUUUUUUUUCUCUCUUUCUUUCAUUACAGUAUGUAUUCUCCUAUUUUUAACAGAUAUUCUCUUGGCACAUGGGACAGUUGUCGAUCAUUGAUGUAUUAACGCAGUAUUUCACCCAGCCAGCAGGAGGCGCUCCACUGUGUUGAAUGUAGUUUAGCGGAUUAUAUUACGUUUGUGCUUCAGAUUUGCUGCUGGCCACCAUGAGAUUGAUAUCCCCUGUACCUGUAAGACAUAUUGCAGUAUGUUUCAUUAACUUUUUUGACAAUCCUGCAAAGCAUGUUUGUGAAGCAAAGGGGUGGUGGGAGUAGAAAACAUCAGCUUCUGUGUUAGUGUUUGGUAGAUGUUGGUAGAUGUUCACAAAGGCCAUUUUGAUUUUUUUUUUUUACACAAUCUUUACAUUUGGACAACAUCUCCUAUCUGCAUCAUGGGCUUAUACCUGCUAAAAUAUAUACAAAAACAAGAACAAAUACCUUAACUUAAUGUGAGGGUCCUCUAUACGGCCUACCCCGGCCAAACCCUAACCCAGACGACGCUGGACCAAUUGUGCGCCGCCCUACAGGAGUUCCAAUCACGGCCGGGGCGGCAGGUAGCCUAGU